AUGUAUAUCACUCUCUCCUCCUCCUUCAUAUUUUCGUUUUCAUCAAAGACUCUCUCUCUCUCUCUCUCUCUCUCUCUGCCUUGGAAGAUUGACUAUCCACAGAAGCUUUCUGCAGAGAAAGCAGGGGAGAGGCGCCGGAGAAGAAGACGCGCGGACGAGAAACUGACAUCGCCGUUGAGCUCCAUUAGAAUUCCCAUAUCGAGAUUGAAGUCUUCGUCGACCGCUUCCGAGACCGAUUACCGCCACACUCAGUCAGAGAAAGAAGUCUCACACUGGAUCAUCCAUGGAGAGUAGAGGCCAGAAGCGAGCUGAUGUGGUAGAUGAGUUACCAGCUGAUAAACGAGCCUGCAAUUUAGUGGAAUUCAGGCCGAGCUCAUCUAACUCAUCCGCUCAAACUCAAGUUAAGUCCACGAACUCGCCUCUACAUUCCCAAGAGGCCGACAUGGAGACUUCCUCGACUGCCUCGGCAUCAAGCCGAUCAGAAGGUGAACCGGAUAGGGAUUCAGCUUAUGGGUCCUGUGAUUCUGACGAUUUAGACCCUCGGUAUAGCAGUCUCAGGGACUAUCACAGGCGUCGGUCCUUUGGGGAGAAUUCUAAGUUCAAGACGAUCUUGUCAAGCUUGAGUAGUGAAAAGGAGCCCUCUGCGCUAGUAGCUGCCCUGACAGAACUAUGCGAAGUGUUGUCAUUUUGUACAGAGGAUUCACCCUCGAGCAUGCUGGCAGACUCGUUCUCGCCUAUUCUUGUGAAGCUAGCAAGGCACAAUAGCAAUCCUGAUAUAAUGCUGUUAGCAAUCAGGGCUAUAACUUACCUCUGUGAUGUAUUUCCCCGAUCUUCGGGUUUCCUUGUUCGCCAUGAUGCAAUUCAUGCUCUUUGUGAGAAGUUGAUGGCUAUUGAGUACAUGGAUGUGGCUGAACAGUGUUUGCAAGCUCUGGAGAAGAUAUCACGAGAUCAACCACUUGCUUGCUUGCAGGCUGGGGCCAUAGGAGCUGUACUUAAUCUCAUCGAUUUUCUUUCCACCAGUAUGCAGAGGGUCGCCCUCUCCAUUGUGGUGAACAUCUGCAGGAGACUUCCUUCAGAAAAUCAUUCCCUCUUCAUGGAAGCAGUUCCCGUACUCUGCAAUCUCCUCCAGUAUGAGGAUAGACAGCUUGUUGAAAGUGUCGCUACCUGCUUGAUCAAGAUAGUAGAUCAAGUUAGUCAGUAUCAGGAGAUGCUCUAUGAGACCUGUAAGCACGGGCUGGUAAAUCAAGCUGUGCACAUUAUCAGCCUGAAUGCCCGAACCACUCUGUCCCAGGCGGUUUACAAUGGUAUUAUUGGGAUGCUUGUCAAACUCUGUUCUGGUUCGGCUAAUGCUUUUAGAACUCUACACGAGCUUAACAUAUGUGGCAUUUUGAAAGAUGUAUUAUCUACCGGUGACCUCUCACAUGGAGUAUCCUCUCCUCACCAGGCCAAUGGACAUAGUAUACAGGUGCAUGAAGUCUUGAAGUUGCUGAAUGAGGUCGUUCCCUCUUCUUCAAAUAGUGAGUAUAUGCAACAGAUUUCUGAGAAAGAAGCUUUUUUAGCUGAUAACCCAGUUUUCAUUCGAAGGCUUGGAAUGGAGAUGCUUCCUUUGUUGAUUCAGAUGGUUAACUCAGGCGCUAAUUUAUAUGUGUGCUUCUGCUGCUUAUCUGUUAUCAACAACUUCUUUGCGCUAUGCACAUCUGAUAUUCUUGCUGAAGUGCUUGCAGACACCAACUUUUCAAGUUUUUUGGCUGGCGUGUUCACUCGGAAGGAGCAGCAUCUUCUGAUAAUGGCCCUACGAAUUGCUGAGACCUGUCUGCAGAAGCUUUCUGACGUGUUCUUGAACUCCUUUAUGAAGGAGGGAGUCUGCUUUGCAAUUGAUGCUCUAUUAAAACCAGAAGAAACUUCGCAUAAGAUGUUCCCUACAUAUGAUGGCAGUGAACUUUUACUUGACCCGAGUCAGAGAUCGGGUUUUAGGGGAGUUCCGAGAUGCUUUUGUUAUGUUCUUGAUACUGGUCAACCCUCAACCUGUGAAACAGUAGUUUGCAAGCUCGAAAAGGAUGCAGUUCGCAGACUGGCAAUGCACAUAAGGACCAGUUACUUUUCCCCUGAACUCUGCAACUCAGGACCAUUGACUGAUAUUCUUCAGAAGCUCCGUGCACUUUCAGCUGCAUUAACCGACUUAGCAAGCACUUCCCUUUGUGAUUCUCCUGCUCAGUAUGAAGAGAAGUUUCAUUCUAUAUUGAGUCAGAUCAUGGAGAAGCUCGGUGGUAGAGAAGCCAUUUCCACUUUUGAGUUCAUCGAGAGUGGAAUUCUGAAAUCACUAGUGAGGUAUUUAUCCAGUGGCUUGUCUAUGCAUGAGGAGGUCGAUCCACAGACAGAAUCCCAUGAUCUGUACAUUGUCGAGAAAAGAUUUGAGGUGUUAGCCAGGCUACUGUUGUCCUCAUCAAAGACCCUCGAUGAUGAGUUGCCUUUGAUGAGCUUGACAAAGAAAUUACAAAGGGCACUAUCUUCAUUAGAGAAUUUUCCCAUCAUUUUGAGCAAUUCCAAGCAAAGAAACUCAUAUGCCUUGGUUCCCGAGGCAAGGUACCUAUCACAUCCGUGUUUCAAGGUUCGGUUUCUGAAGGAAGAGGGAGAGGCAUGUCUUUCUGACUCCUCGCAGGACGUUCUCACUGUUGAUCCUUUCUCAUCCUUAGAUUCCAUAGAGAGAUACCUAUAUUCUAAGGUGACCAGGAAAGGAAAAAGGGGAAAGAAAUCUAUCAAAGACAAGGAGGAACUUAUACCUGCUGCGAUACCAACAGAUACGAGUUUGAGUCCGGGGAGAAGUCCAGAAUCUGAUGGCACACCUGCUAUUUUGCCUGAGGAAGUUGAGGGUCACUUGUUGCAACCUACACUGGUUCAAGCAGAUUGUGAAAGGCUGUCAGGUGGUGCUGGAGUAACUUCCAACAUAGAUACUAGUGGUUCUGAGUCAAAGUUUCCUAAAGGUGAUGACGUUAUGACAACACACUCUCCAUCAUCCUCUAGUGAUGCGAGUGUUUUGCCGAAAUUGGUACUUUGCUUAGAAGGACAAGAAUUGGACCUUUCAGAUACGCUAUAUCAAGCCGUUCUCCAACAACAAAUGAAAACAGAGAAUGAGAUAAUUGCUGGUUCAAAUUUAUGGAGUGAGGUGCACACAGUUACUUAUAGAUUAGCCAAAGCUAAGUCGAGCAGUUCUCUUGCAUGCUCGUAUUCAUCUAAAGCAGAAAAGACAGGGGGCACUCAUUGUUUAUCUAGACUCUUCUCUCGGAAACUUGCCACUGAUUUAAAGAGGCCCGGUGCUGUUUAUGAUAUCAUAAUCUUGCUCAAGAGUAUGCACUUGCUGCAUAGAUCAUCAUUCGAAUUGCUGUCUCGGGAAAGAAUGUCUGCUUUUUCAGAAGGGAGAGUCAAUGACUUGCAUUAUUUGAAAGCCGCCGUGCCUUACAUGUUGCAGAGUGAAUUUGUCAGCAGUAAACUGACAGAGAAGCUAGAACAACAGAUGCGGGAUCCAUUGAUCUCUUCUACAGGUGCUCUAGCCCCAUGGUGUAUUCAGUUAAUGGGCUCAUGCCCUUUCUUGUUCAGCUUUGAAGUCCGUUGCAAGUACUUCCAGUUAGCUGCUUUUGGUCGGUCCCUUGCCCAAUCUUGUGUUCCUUCACGUGGUAGUUCAGACGGUUCUAUUGACAGACGGCGAAAUGGUGGUGCUGGCUUGGCACGCAAGAAACUCCUUGUCUAUCGGGAUCGUAUUAUGGCCUCUGCUGCUGAGGUGAUGGACCUCUACGCGUCUAAGAAAGAGCCCAUUGAAGUCGAGUUUGAUGAUGAAGUCGGGACUGGGCUUGGCCCAACUCUUGAGUUUUACACCUUAGUAAGCCAUGAGUUUCAGAAGGCUGGGCAUGGGAUGUGGAGGGAUGAUCAUGUACUCUCUUCCUCCAAUGGAAGCUUGCACAGCUUAGGUUCAGGAAUCCUGACAUCUUCACUCGGGGUUUUUCCUUGCCCAUGGAGUACUACUUUAGAUGAAUCUGGCGAUGCAAAGUUUGCGGAAGUUAUCAAUAAGUUCUUUAUUUUGGGGAGAGUCGUGGCAAAGGCUCUUCAAGAUGGACGUGUCUUGGAUUUUCACUUCUCUAAGACCUUCUACAAAUUGAUCAUUGGCCAGGACCUUAACCUGUUCGACAUCCAUUCAUUUGAUCCCAAGCUUGGGCAAACUCUCCUCGAGUUUCAGGCUCUAGUUGACAAGAGGAAAUUCAUGGAAUCAGUCCACAGAGAGAAUACUGCUUAUGAAUAUGGUUCCUGCUUCUGGAACAGGAGUUUUGAGGAUCUCUGCCUCGAUUUCUCUCUUCCUGGGUAUCCUGAUUAUGUUCUUUCUCCAGAUGCCAAUCACAGCAUGGUAAAUAUGUCAAACUUGGAGGACUAUGUUUCACUGGUAGUGGAUGCAACUAUCAAGACCGGAAUCUCCAGACAAGUUGAAGCUUUCAAGUCCGGGUUUAAUGAGGUGUUCCCCGUUAGACAUCUCGAGAUUUUCAGUGAAGAGGAACUAGAGCGGUUAUUGUGCGGAGAACAUGAUUCCUGGGCGCUCAACGACCUUCUGGACAAUAUCAAGUUUGAUCAUGGGUAUACAGCAAGCAGUCCUCCUGUUCUCAAUUUACUGGAAAUCGUCCAAGAGUUUGAUCAAGAACAGAGACGGGCAUUUCUCCAAUUUGUCACUGGAGCUCCUCGGCUACCUCCGGGAGGUUUGGCAUCUCUCAAACCAAAGUUGACGAUUGUCCGCAAGCAUUGCAGCAAAGUUGCCGAUGAGGAGCUACCGAGUGUAAUGACUUGUGCCAAUUAUCUGAAGCUACCACCAUACUCUUCCAAAGAGAAGAUGAGGGAGAAAGUAUUAUACGCCAUAAGGGAAGGCCAAGGCUCAUUCCACCUUUCCUAGUCAUCGAGCAGGAAGGUAAGCCACAGAAGAAAGUGUAAAUUUGUAAUUAUUAGGCUUUAGACAAUCAAGGGGCAUCAGAUGUAGAUAAAAGAAAGGCAAGGGGUACAGGUGGUGGUGGCAGUCGUAUUUCUGAACAUCUCAACAGAGGGAGCUGAUUGUUUCUUCCACGAACAAGGGGAAGCUCCUAUCGCAUAGGUUCAGUGCUAACCGGUAAUUUACUAGGUGGUGGUUUGUUUUUUCUUUCCUGUAUAGAUAGGCAGGCGGAACCUCUUCAGGUAGAUGAUAUUGGUGUUCUUUUGACAAGCAUUUUGUACAGAGCUAACGUACAGAGAUCAAUCUCACGUAACAGUUGCUCUUUUUUUCUACGUACUUUAUUUAUGUAAUUAAGAUUUGGAAAGUGGUCGUCUUGUUGGCUUA